AACAACUGCCACCGUGUGUGCGCAUGCGCAGUGGGCACUUCACACAACCGCAGUCAGCAAACAUGGCAGCGGCUGUCGACAGUGUUGUGAAAGUGCUUGGAGAGCAGUAUUAUAGAGAUGCCCUGGAGCAGUGUCACAGCUACAACGCUCGCCUCUGUGCCGAGCGCAGCAUCCUCAUGCCCUUCCUGGACUCUCAGACCGGUGUCGCUCAGUCCAACUGCUACAUCUGGAUGGAGAAGAGGCACCGAAGUGCAGGCGUAGCUCCUGGGCAGCUGUACACUUACCCGGCUCGUCGUUGGAGGAAGAAACGGCGCUCCCACCCUCCCGAAGACCCUCGCUUGGCCUUCCCAACUCUAAAAGCAGCUGAUUUGGAGCUGGGUCUGAAGCGUGAGGCUUUGGGAGCAGUGGAUGGAAGCAGCUUGGAGGCGCUGCUGAAAGGGGAGUCCGUUGAAAGGAGGAGCGGGGCGUCGGACCCUCGCGGCCCAGAGGACGAUCCAGCCACCGUGGAGCCUCCUGCUACUUCAGCCGUCACUCACACGUCCUCGGGGCGCAUCCGCAAGAGAGUUCUCGACCACGACGACUACUUGGAUGAUCUAGACGACGAAGACUUUGAAGACGAGACGCCCAAGAGAAGAGGCAAGAACAAGUCGAAGGGCCGGAGUGAGAAGAACGGCAAGAAGAAAUCCGAGGCUGCGGCGGCGGCGCUGGAGGAGAGGGACAAGCCUUACGCCUGCGACAUCUGUGGGAAGCGCUACAAGAACCGUCCCGGCCUGAGCUACCACUAUACACACUCUCACCUGGCAGAGGAGGAGGGCGAGGACCACGAGGAGAUCGAGGCACCACCCACUCCUCGCCAGCCUGAGGAGCAGAAGACAAAUAAGAAAGGUCCCAAUGGAUUGGCGCUGCCCAACGACUACUGCGACUUCUGCCUGGGAGACUCCACCUUAAACCAAAAGACUGGCCAAUCAGAGGAGCUGGUGUCCUGCUCAGACUGUGGACGAUCAGGACCAGCUGCUGUUCUGUGACGACUGUGACCGAGGAUACCACAUGUACUGUCUAACUCCACCCAUGACCGAACCACCAGAGGGGAGCUGGAGCUGCCACCUGUGUCUGGCUCUGCUGAAGGACAAAGCCUCCAUAUACCAGCAGAACCAGAGCUCUGCCUCCGAGUGACAUCAGAGCACCAACCCCACAUCCCCCACAAACUCCCAGAUCAAAUAGUCAGACCUCCUCUCAGUCCGGACCACCUAAGAUCCCAGAUCAGCUUUAUAAGCCUUUCUCCUCUACACAUCGUAUUGUACUAAGAUCAUGCAGUAACCACAGCAACUGCCUUCUCAAUGGUAGCUCCCAGGAGAGAGAGAGGAAAACAAAGAUUAGCAUCAGAGCUGAUAAUCUGCAGCCCUUCACACAGCGUCGACUGUUGAGAAAGUCUCCCCAAAUGAUCUAUUUUUACUCCGAAAAUGACACAGAGACGAUGUUCGGUCCGAGGAUGUUCUUAUCGUGUCUGACUGUUGCUUUUCUAGUGGCUUUUUGUCCGUGUGUACCGUUGUCCCAUCGUAGGAGCAUUUACUGUGCGUUUUUUAAGAGGUUUUCCACAACCAAACAGCCACAGAUCACAGCAACUCGUCUCGACGAAGUAGCAGGACAAAGGCGGUAAAAUAAGUUAGUAUAAAAACUUGAUGGCGAAUGACUCUUUUUAUGGUUCAGUGUAUUAAAAUACAGAUCAGCUGUUUCAGACACUACACGAGAGAGACUGUAGAGUUCAUCAAACUAAA